GGAUGAACGGUAAAGAAGUGAAGGAGAAGGAGGAGGAUAAGGGGGAGGCGUCGGGAAACGCAGACUACGACCGAGCGGAGCUGCCAGACUUGCUGAGGAUCUAUUACAGUCGCCUCUUCCCUUACGACAAAUACUACGACUGGUUAGAGUAUGGUGAUAGGGACACCUUCUCGCAUCGAGAGUUUUCGUUCACCCUGGAAGACGAUGUGUACGUGAGGUACCAGUCCUUCGAGAGCCGACAGGCCCUGGAGGACAGCGUGCGGAAGACCCGUCCGUACAAGAUCGACGUCGGUGCCAUUUUCUCCGUGAGACCGAGCAUGCGCAGUCGCGUCCAGCAGGCCAGCUUCAAGGCCCUGCGGAAAGAGCUGGUGUUCGACAUCGAUAUGACAGACUACGACGACAUCAGGACCUGCUGCCAGGGGGCUAACAUCUGCGGGAAGUGCUGGAAAUUUAUGACAAUUGCAAUCAGGAUAUUGGACAGGGCUCUUAGAGAAGAUUUCGGGUUCCUCCACUUGCUGUGGGUGUACAGUGGUCGCCGUGGCGUCCACUGCUGGGUGUGCGACGAGGAGGCCAUACAGCUGUCACAGCCGGCCCGCUGUGCCAUCGUGGAAUACCUCACUCUAGUUCAGGGUGGGGAGCACCAGACUAGGAAAGUCAGACUCCGGACUCCUCUACACCCGUCCAUUAGCUCAGCGAUCAAGAUUGCUCGCCGGUAUUUCGAGGACCUGGUCGAGGAGCAGGGUUUCCUGGACGACGCGGAGCGGUGGGGCAAGAUGCUGGCCCUGGUCCCCGAGACCAAGAGGAAGAUGUUGCAGCAAGAAUGGGAGGGACGACCGAGGGAGAGCGGGAGGGACAGGUGGCGGAGGCUCUGGACUGAAGUACAAGAUGUUACAAAGAAUGAGAUAAUGCUCCAGUGGUGCUAUCCCAGACUGGAUGCCAACGUCACUAAAGGCAUAAACCACUUACUCAAGAGCCCACUUUGUGUUCAUCCCAAGACAGGUACGAUACCUCUGGUCUCCCGAAUUGAACCUAAUUCUCACACUCCCUUUCUUCCAUCUCUCCUUCCUCUCUUUCCCUCUUACCUCCCUUCCCUGCCUCUCUCUCUCUUUUCUUCAACUCCGCUGUCUUCUUGCAGGCAGGAUAUGUGUUCCUAUCAACAUUCUGGGAUUUGGACACAUUUGAUCCUUUUGCAGUCCCCACUAUCAAGCAGCUGUGUACAGAGUUGGAUCAGUUGACUGAGAAAUCUCCUCACAUGUACAUGAAGACCUCACUGAAGCCAUAUAUGGAGUUCUUCAAUCGAGAAUUUCUCAUCCCCCUACACCAGGCCCGAGCCAAGAGGAAGGUCAAAGGUCAGCCUUGAGGAACAAAAGCUGGAAUUCUAGGAUUCGGACUACUAUCGUGUACCAUUCCAAAGAUUGCAUUUAUGUGUCAAUUCUCUGUAUUAUUUCCAACAACAAUAUGUAC